GCUGAAGAGGAGAGCGAACGCCAUCAUACUGAGGUGACGCGUCUAAGAGCUCUCGUUGAGAAGCUCGAUCUGAGGAUCAAAGGGAUGGACUCGAGCCUUGAAGAGGCUAACAAGAAGGUGGAGGACGCCAACAAGAAGGCGAAAGAAGCUGCUGAGGAGAACUCGGAUUAUUGGCUCGACGGGUUCGAUGCAUGCAGGCAGCUCGUUGGCACCCUUGACCCUUCCUUUGACCUCAGUCGUCUCGUUCCCGAGUCUGUUGAUCCCAUGACAGGCGAGGAGGAUGCCGGCCCCUCAGACUUUAGAGAU